AGAGCCCGCAAGACAAAAGGCGUCAAGGGACUUAAGGCAGGCAAUGGCGAUAUGUUACUGCCCAAGAUGGCAAUCACAGACAGCGGUCUGCGGUGGCUGCUGAAGUGCCCUGACAUGCAGCAGGUGCUUGUCGAUGUGACAAAAGAGGAGAGGGAUAAGCUGAGGAAGUUUUGGCAGGAGAUGCGCAGCGCCUUCCACGGCCGGCCAGUGCUCUCUUUGAGGCUCUCAGCGCCGUAUAUUUGAUCAGUGUUGGGUCUUCAGCCAGAGUCUGGGAUGUUGAAGGCAUAUUUGUGGCAGCAAGUACAACUCUGCGCUCUCAAGAAUCUGCAACAGGUUGAAGGCAAAGGAGGGGGAGGUCCCCUGUGCACACACUGCUGCCAAGGGGCGUUGGAAGGCACUUGUGGAUCUCUACAAUAAGCAGUUGCAGGAGGAGUAUUGGACAUUCAAAGUCUGGUGUGUGCUGUGUGUGAGCCCGGAGAUGCAGCUGGACAUGCAUGUAGAUGAGAAGUGAUCAAGAGUUUCUCAGAGCUGACUUUUGUACUGAGUCAGUCAGUCGCUACAUCUCUUGCAGCCAACCUGAGCACAUUUAUGAUGUUAACAUGAGACUCGGAGAAUAACAUGUAGCUUCUUGUCAAGAGCACUGCUGAUGUCACCGUGAUCAGUAACCUGACAACAGCUUCCACCAAAUUUAUACUAGGAGGCCUCAUCGACCGGUGACUGUGAAUUUGGAGAUCCUACUGGCUGCAUUGUGCACGAUGUCGCCUCGAGACUUCGCUUCGCAGGCGCAGGGGUAUACGCACGCAAUAUCAAGAAAAUAGCUCCACCAAAGCCUCCAUCCUUGGCGUUGCUGCAUCACCGAGAUGACCAGAUAUAAUUUUGUGUAAUAUUUCAAGCUUG